UCAGGAUGGUGGUGGUGAGGGCCCCAAAACUCUUGCCCAUCGCCCUGACUCUGGCUGGGGUCUGUCUCCAGGGCAUCCAGCUGCAGCAGGCCAGGCCAGGGGAGCAAAGGAAGCCAUUCUUCGAAAGAUUUCGGAGGCUCGAAGAGCAGUUCCGCCGGUUUCAAGAGGUCACCCUGCUGCGUCUCCAGGAGAUUGCAGGAAAUUACAACAUUUCCUACAACAUAGAUGCCGGUUUCAGGCACCUGCAGGACAAACAUGACGCCCUGGAGUCUGUUGCAAAUGUGACCAACGCAGCUAUGCAAGAGGAGCUGCAUCAUUUGAAAACCUGGGUGAAGAAACUGCAGAACAAAACCAAGAAAAUAGACUUGAAGGUCCUGGCCCUGGACGAAUCCUUGCAGGAGAGAGAGCAGCAGGGCCAGGCCGAGAAGCAGCAGCAGGCAGUGCUCCUGUCUAACUUGACUCAAGAAGCCACCAGGUGCAAGGAGGACACCCAAGCAGUGAGGGCCAGCCAGGGAAGUCUGCAGAGGGUGCUGGAGAGCCUGCAGGAUGCCAUGAAGACCCAGGGGACGAAGCUGGCUGAGCUGGAGCAGCUGGUGAAGAGUCCUCCGUCUAGUCCUCUGGCAGCAGUUCCCCUGCUGAACCAGGAUCCCCUGGAGAAGGAGCCGGAGGCCGCAGGUGGGCAGAACCCAACCUUGAGGAAGCUGCGAGCCAAACACCGGCAAAGGAAAAAGCUGCACCAGGAGAACCGCCACCGCGUGGCCCAGGCUCAGAAUGGAUCCCUUCCAGGUCAGAAGCCGCCCCUGCAGGAGAAGGAGCUGGAGUUGCUUCCUCAGCCGGAGCCUCAGGCGCUCAGGCAAGAGCAGCCGGUCAUGGACAAGGCCUCCGAAGAGCAGGAGAUACCGAAAGUGCCUCACCCACCAGGAACAAUUUGCAACGUGGGUGCCAUGCUGGUUUUCCCGAACGCUUCCACAGAGAACUUUGCUACCUUCUGGCCCAGCUUCCACACCAGCCUACUUGAACUGAGCCUCUGCAGCUGGGUGAAGACCCGCGCUAAUUACCUGGGGACGAUCCUCUCCUAUGCCACCGAGGACAACGACAACAAGCUCGUGCUGCAUGGCAGGGAUGUGGCACCCCGGAACUCCAUCCACUUUGUCAUUGGAGACCCGGCUUUUCGGGAGCUGCCAGUGGGGAAACUCCUGGAUGGCCAGUGGCACCACAUGUGCGUCAUCUGGUCCUCCAUCCAGGGUCGAUACUGGUUCUACGUGGACAGGAGAUUGGCUUCCAUGGGGUCCAAGUUCCAGAAGGGUUAUGAGAUUCCUGAAAGAGGGUCUCUCAUCCUGGGUCAGGAGCAAGACGCACCUGGCGGGGGAUUUGAAUCGUCUGAAGCUUUUGUGGGGUUCCUGGCUGGCUUGGCCCUGUGGGACCGUGCGCUGUCACCAGGGGAGGUCUCUGGAAUUGCUAUUGGGAACGGCCUUCCUCGAGGCCCCAUCCUGUCUCUGGCAAACAUCACAAGGCUCAAUGGGUUUGUGCAGAAGGUGAACUGUGCCUGCCUGGAACAUUGCCUGUGAUGCAAUCUCCUAGGGAAUACCCACAUGAGAUGGCCUCGUUGCCUGGCUUACAGGUAGGGUUGCCAACUCCAUCUUGGGAAAUUCCUGGAGAUUUGGGGAUCGUGCCUGGGGAGGAAUCUGAGCAGGGAUGCCGUGCCAUAGAGCCCACCCUCUGAAACUGCCAUUUCCUGCUGGGGAACCGACCUCUGUCUGGAGGUCAGUUGUAAUUCCAGGAAAAAUUCCAGUCCCCACCUGGAGGUUGGCAACCCUAUUUAUAGGCUAGCUCACUUACCUGCCAGCCUGUUCUCCAGAAACAUGAUGCCUCAAAGAUCCCCCUGAAAGAUGCCUUGACCUCUUCUAACAUAUACCUGCCCCUCUCAGUUGCACCUUCAGAAGUGGGGGGGGGGCAGGCAAAAUGACCAGGCCUGGGGUUGGAGUAGCUUGGGGUUGUGAAAUCACCUGGGAAGCAGUGGGGCACAGCCUGACUACACCAUCCCUUCCAAACAGUUGUUUAUGGUUCAAGCCAUCAUGUUUAGCUUGACAGGUUGGUCCCUCCCUGCUGUUCUGUACUCUGGCCUCUUCCUGUCUUGACUCAGCACCACCGUCUGGAGCCCUCACUGAAAGGAUCCAGAGGAGUUAGCCGUGUUAGUCUGUAGUUGCAAAAUAGAAAAGAGUCCA